AGUAUACGAUUAUUGAAUUUUUCUAUUUCGUGUAAACAAUCAACUAAAUACAAUUUAAUGACUAUUAUUUAUGAAUUAAUUAUAAGUGAAACAAUAUAUGUAUAUUAAAAAUAUAAUUAUUAUAACAAGAAAGUUAUGUGGAUGAUAUAAUAACGGCAAUUAAAUGCAUGUUAAUAACAAAAAACUCGUCAAACAAGUUACGUGAGACCAAUAAUAUUUUACAAUGGAAGAUAUAGCAGUACAUCCCGUGGAAGAAAUAGUUAUAAAAUGUGAAGUUAUCGAAAUAUCUGACGAGGAUGUAGAGACACAAGAACCUAAAAAAAAACGUCGUAAACGGCUCACACCAAAAGAACCCCAGCCCUGUGAUAUUUGUGGUAAAACUUUCCAAACCGGCUACGAGCUUAAGAAACAUAAAAGAACACACACAGGCGAACGUCCAUACAUGUGUACGACGUGUGGGAAGACAUACACACAGCUCGGACACCUCAGUAUCCACAGUUUAUCACAUAAAGGUAUAAAAAAUUUCAAUUGCAACGAAUGCGGGUCUUCGUUUUACAGGAAAGCAGAUUUGGACAGACACGAAAAGAUCCACACGGGCGAGAAACCGUUUCAAUGUGAGAUAUGUUCGAAGAGUUUCACACAGAAAAACAAUUUGGUGAUGCAUUUCAAAAUGCAUAUCGGUGAUAAACCUCACAAGUGCGAAGUCUGUAGCAAGAGAUUUCUAACGAGGAGUAAAAUGAUGCUGCACUCGAAGAAACAUGAUAAAGAAAAGAAAAAAAAACACGACUUUUUGGGGCAUAUUUAGUUUUGGCGGGAAACAAGUGUCAAUAGUGUCAUCUGUCUAGUGUUCGGUUAAUUUCGGGAUCGUCGGGUUUUUUCGGAUUGCGGUUUGCGAAUGUGCGAAUUGGUGUCUUAAGAAAAAAACACAUGACUUUAUGGUAUAUUUAUUUUGACGAGAAACGAUUCAAUAGGGCUGUCAUCUGUCGACUGUCGGUUAAUGUCGGAUUUCAUAGAUACUUUUGGAACGUGGUUCUUGCAUGCAAAUUGUUGUUUCUUAAAUUAUAUUUAUACAUAUACAUAUAAUAUAAUUGUUGCUUUGUCUGUUCUUUAUAUUUCGUGGUCUUGACUUGAUUGAUGUUAAACUAAAAAAAUAAUCUUUGUUUUGUCUAGACGAUGAAUUUUUGCUAUCCGAUAGAUGUCGCUGUUGUCAAUUAAUUCACAAAAUCUAUAUUUAAAUGGACCAAAGUAACGCAUAUUUACAAUACGAAAUGUAUUCGUAUAAAAAUAUUAAAUGAUUUAAUAUCAAAAUAGUCAACAUCUAAAACCGAUGGAUGGCGCCGCAUUGUCGAACUAUUAUAUUAUUUAUUAUCUGUAUAAUUAAAUGAAACAGAAAUAAU